AUGAGUGUCCUCCGUAGACUGUCGGCCCUGCUCCCCGGCAGCUCGCAGGCCAAUGAGCCCGACACGACCGUGCUGAUCGUUGGUGCAGGCUCAACUGGACUCGCCCUCGCCCAGGGUCUGAAAAAGGCCGGAAUCCCCUUCAUCGUCGUCGAGAAGAACGAAAGCCUGCACGCACAGCCCCGAGACUGGAACAUGGGUCUACACUGGGGCGCCGAAUCACUGCACUCGCUCGUCACCCCAUCCAUGUGGGCGCGCCUGCAGAGCGUGCAAGUCGACCCCUCCACGCCCACGCCCGAAAGCGACGCCAUCAACUUCCUCAACGGCCAGACCGGCGCCCUCAUGACCUCCAUCCCCGCAAACAAAUUCUACCGUCUGCGCCGGCGCAAACUGCGCUCCCUGCUCGCCGAGGACCUAGCCAUCCGCUACUCCCACAGACUCCAAUCAAUCACCUACUCCCGAAACCGCAAAUACGCAACCGCCCAUUUCACCAAUAACACAAGCAUAAAAGCAUCCCUCAUCGUCGGGGCCGAUGGCGCCCGCUCAGCCGUCCGCUCGCACCUCCUAGGCCCCGAGCUUGGCUCCAUCCGCACCCUCCCCUACAGCGCAACAUUCGUCCAAGCGCGCUACUCCGCCGAGCAAGCCGUGUUCCUGCGCAAAUUCCACCCGCUCUACCUCGCCUCCAUAAACCCCGCCAACCUCUUCGCAUUCUUCGGGCUGCACGAUAUUCCGGACCCCGCCAGGCCCGAGACAUGGGUAUUCUUCUUCUACAUCUCGUGGCCGUGCUCGCUGGAAGAGCAACGCCAGACAGCGCACUGGACUGAUGCGCAGCGUCUGCAGCAGGGGAAGGAGUUUUCGAAGCACUUCACGGAACCCUGGAACUCGGCGUAUGAGUGGCUUCCUGAGGACCAGAAAGUGUGGUAUAUGAAUCUGACGGAUUUCGACCCCGGGGCAGAAGCGCAUCGGUGGGAUACGAGUGAUGGGCGGGUGACGCUUGCUGGGGAUGCGGCGCAUGCGAUGACGUAUCAGCGGGGGCAGGGGUUGAAUCAUUCAAUUACGGAUGCGGGGAGGUUAGCUGCUGCGACUACGGAUUUUGUUACAGGGAGGAAGAGCAGGUCGGAUGCUAUACGAGCGUAUGAAGAGGAGAUGAUUGAGCGGGGUGGAGAGGAGGUGCGAAUGUCGACGACGAAUACGGAGAUGGUGCAUGACUGGAGCAAAGUCCAGGAAUCGCCGAUUAUGAAGAGUGGGAUGACGAGGGUGCAGGAUAUCAAGGAGCCCAGCCUUAAUAACGGAUAA